AUGGACACAAGGUUCCCCAUGAUCAGUGAGUUCGUGGAGGACAGGAACUCCUACUGCUCGUUCGAGUCCAAGGAGACGGCCCUCCUGCAGUCGGAGAACGGCAACCUGCAGCAGAGGGUCGGUGCCCUGGCCCACGAGCUCCAGAAAAGGAAGGAGCGUGAGGAGCAGCUGGAGGAUGUGAUCCAGGCGUAUGAGAAGAUCCACAUGGAGAAGAGCACCGUGCAGAGGGACCUGGACAAGAUGACCAGUCUGGUGGAGAAGCAUGUGGAGCGCAUCCUGAGUCUGGAGUCUGCUCUGAGGCAGAGAGACAGCUCCCUGCUGAAGAUCAACACACAGCUGCACAGCAAGGACAUGCAGUACCUGCAGCUGCACGCCAGCCCGGACACACACAUGCUGGACUGCCCUACCCUCACCCUGCAGAGCUCCCGUAGUUUGGACACUCUCUCCGACCUGAAGCUCCAGCGCCUGGAGGCGGAGCUAGAGGGGGUGAGGCACGAGGCGCAGGGCGCCUGUCAGAGGGAGGAGGAGCUGAAGGCCGAGUGUGAGAGAAUGCAAGAGGAGCUAAGGCAGUUGCAGAACAACCAGAGAGGAAGGGAAAUGAGGUCGUCGUGUGAGCAGUGUGAUGUUGAAUGGAUAAAGAAGGUGGGAGACGAGCAGGUGAACUUGGCUCUGGCCUACACGGAGCUCACAGAGGAGUUGGGACGUCUCCAAGCUCUAAGCUCCCAGCAGAAGGACAUCCUUAGGAAGGCCUCUCAGGAGCAGGCUAGUCCAGUCCAGCGCCACUCUCCCACCCCCCACCAGCGCCACUCCCCAGUGUCCCAGCGCCACUCCCCCAUCCCCCAACGCCACUCUCCGGUUCCGCCCCUGCACCACUCUCCCCUCUCCCAGAGGCGCUCCCCUGUCCUGCAGCGCCUCUCCCCGGACAUGCACCGCCGCUCUCCCCUGCUGGAUGUCAACGAUGGCCCCGCCUCCUACUCCAGCCGCCCCCCCAGCCAUCACCUGAGGGCCAGCUUCCAGGGUCGCCGUAGUUACUCGGAGGUGGCCGACCCCUCUGCCUACCAGCGGCCGCCCCGCUUCUCCCUGGACCCCGUGUCCACCCUGCCCAAGCCCAGGCCCUACGGGGACGGAGGGUACUCCAAGCAGCAGCACGGACUGGCCCAGCACGGGGGGCCUCUUCACGGAGGAGCCCAGCUCAGAGGCUCCCCGUCUGGGCUGCAGGGCCCAGGCGGAGAGGGGGGCAUGGGCGAGAACUCCCGGCAUUCCAGGGAGCUUCCCUUCCCCCUGUCCGAGGUGUCCCACCUUCACUUCGAGCCGCCCCCGUCCGCCACGUCCGCCUCGCACCCGCCCCAGUCGUCCGAGGACGAGGAGGAGUGGACCUGCCCGCAUCCCGUCAGCCCCCCGCGGACGCUGGGAGUGCAUAACGUGGCCGUGCCCAACGCCAUGAGGGGGGGGGGGCCGGCGUCCUGCUCGGCCUUCCCCAUCCCGCAGCGGCCCAACACCCUCAGCUGCCACCCACCAGGCUACCUGCCCGUUGAACACGCCCAGUCCUGGCCCUCCAUCAAUCUGUGGAUGGAGACAGAGGAGAGUGACAUGAGGAGCUGCCCGCUCUGUCAGCUGAUCUUUCCCGUGGGUUACCCUGACGACGCUCUCAUCAAGCACAUCGACUCCCACCUGGAGAACAGCAAGAUCUGAUCACCACGGCAACACGGCUGCACCCUCUCUCAGCUGGUACUAUCUUUAAUGAACAUGUUUAAUUGUGUGAGAUUUCAUUCUAUUUCUUGGAUGGGUGCCUUGUGUGUUUCAGAGGUUGUGGUCUACAGUGGUCUGUAAAUGAGUGCAAUGUGAGGAGGGCUUUUAGGUUUCAGUUACUACAGAGGAAAGAUCAGGGAGAUUUUAGGCACCUUACUUCUAUUUUGAUAUAUCACUCUUAACCAUUACUGUUAGCUUUAAAGCAGCCUGUUUUCAAAUGUGUCUUUUUAACCCAUGUACAGUAUUUGGGGCAUGUGCAAUACACACUGAACCGCAUUGCUUAUUGAUGAAUUGGAUUGACCCCGAAUUGAUGAAUCCAUCCCUUUUCCCUUGAAAAGUGCUUGGGGGGCUUCCUAUAGUUAGGACACAGUGGUUUCAGAGGAUUUCACUGUUGUGAUUGUAAUUGGACCAAGCUGAUUGGCUGAUGAAUCUGAAUGUCCUGCAGGGCGGGGCAUCCAUGUUGGACUGACCUGACAGUUAGAGGAAGGAGUUUAUAUCCACCACCUCCAUGCUUGCGGUUUGGAAAUGUACAAGUAUAUUAGCACUUUAGGUUAAGCCAGGCCUAUAAGUAUACCUUAUCCUUUUCCCAUAUAUUUUCCAUGUAUAAUUUAAUAUUUAUAUUGUAUUUCUGUAUGACAUGAGGCAAAAAAAAAUCUUUAAGAUAUAUUUUUGGAAUUUUUGCAAAAAACAUAAUCUCUUAAGUUAAUAAUAUUUCACUUUCACAAGCUUGCACACUGCUUUACAUGAAGUGAUUGCAGGAUUUGACAGGAAAACAGGGGGGGUUUGUGUGAGAUAGUGUUUUGACAGAACAAACACCUUGGUAAUCAUGAAACUGGGAGUCUCAUAGUCUUCCUCAUGAUCUGUCCUGCCUUCACUUUCAGUACCUGAGAGAAAGCCCUCUAGCAUUUUCUAUGAAUACUCACCUCUAUCCAAAAGAAUAAAAACAGGUCCUUGUCUAAAUGAACACAUUGUAUACUGUAUAUGUGAUUAGUAUUUGGGCUGACACUGAAUUUCACACCCAUAUACAUAACUUUCACAUAAUUAAUGCAUAGAUCACAGAGUGAUUCUUGAAACACAUUCAGAUUUCAUGUAUUUAAAUGAUCCCCAAUGUCCUAUGGUGCAUUUAUGUGGUAGUCAAUAAAUGAAGAGAUUUCUGAGCAAUUAGACUAUAAAUUAUAUAAUGAACGCUGUUCGGGGCUGACCAUUUCCACAUCACAAUCCUGUGGGCUUUAAAAUGACCAGAAUUCUAGAUUGUAUGUCUGUUCCUAGGACAUUUGUGUAAAAGUGGUGUGCAGACUUUCAUUUUCAAGCUUGUUAGUCUAAUACCAAUGUGUACUCAAGAAUGUAAAUUUGAUCUGUUUUCGAUAUUGUAUAUUAUCCAAUUCCAGAGGAAAACAAAAUGUUUGUCAUAUAUACAGGAUCAGUAUUAACCUGCAUUUCCCUAUCUUUCCAACCUAUUGGUAAUAAGUGGUACAAUAUAUCCAUAUUGGUUGAUCUUGAUUAAAAGACUAAGAUCCUACAAUAAGAUAUUAUUAGGCGUUGAAUACUUUCUGGACAAUUUUGUAAAGUACCAAAGAAGGAAAGUACUGUAGCACAAGAAGGUAAAUGAUUUGAGCACUUGUAUUAUUAUUACAGUACAAACACGUUUCGCUAAUGGUUUGCUACAUGCACCUACCCCGACUCCUACAUGCUGUGAUAACAACUAUAGACAUGACAUAUGCUAUAAGAGUUCACCAAUGUUGGUCUGUGCAUCUUUUGAUAACUUUUCACGGAGGAGCAGUCACAACCUGUUCAUGACCAAAGACUAAUAGGUUCGACAUGAAACACAUGUCUCUCGUGAUAAUGAGUACACACCGAUUCAGCAUUUCAUUUUCACAUGCUUAUGAAGACAGAGGCCUGUAUGAUAGUUUUCGUGCCACUUAGGAAGUGUUGAAGAGGUUAUGAACCGGUGGGUGCAGCUGCAGUGUUUAUCAGCCUCUCCAGCAGUUCUGUGAUACACAGACUGAUAUAAAUAUACAAUCCAGUAGGUUGUCAGUGUUUUGGCCACAUGCAGACUCAGGAGUUAUUUGAAGAGUGUUUAUUACAGUGUUUGAUUUUCUUUGAUUUCUUUUUUAUACUGUCAGAAACAAAUGGCAUAGUAAAACACAGACGCUGACUACACUGUCUCGUCCAUCUCUACUUGUUUUGUGAUUUCUCUAAUGUGAUAACAGCACCAUCCUCAGUUUUUACACCAAGUAACUCGGGUAUAACAAGUAACUUGUGAAUAUGGCUCCUCGGUCUACAGAAAAAUUAAGUAAAAUAACAACCAAGGUAUUUUGAGACAGCACUUCUGGCUGUCAAUGACACAGUUGUAUAGGAUGUGAAUUGUUUUUGCUUUCUGUAAAUAUAAAGAAAAAUUAAAAUUAAACUGGAACUUG